AUGUCACACCUGGGCCGAGCAGGCAGGGUGACUCUCCAGCACAUCCAUCUGCCUUCCGAUGCCUUCGCCCACACGUACCCGCCCUACGCCAUUGCCGCUGCCCUUCAAUCACGCCUACAGCGUGCCUUGCUCGACAGCAAGAGCAACUCAUCAUCACCGUCACCGCCGCCCACCAUCCUAUCCUUCACCCCACAGCCGACGUACACUCUCGGUCGGCGGCAGACCGUCGGGCCCGAUCUCGAAGUCGACGGGCUCUGUCGCCCCCUCAUCAUCACACAUCCAAUGUCGAAACCGGAGACCAAACACUCCAUGCGGCCGAUUGUCCUGCGCUCCCUACGAGGCGGUCAGAUGACGUAUCACGGGCCCGGCCAGAUCGUGGUCUGGCCCAUCCUGGACUUGCAACCGGCGUCGGGCGGAUACAAAAGCAUGGGUGUGCGGCAGUACGCGGACCUCCUGCAGGACGUCACGGCAGACCUUGUCAGGAAUUCUGCUGCUCUAGGAGGAAGGAAGCUCGAGAUUGUCAAGACGUGCGACCCGGGAGUGUGGGUUUCGGAGACGGAGCAGCAGCAACCGCGCAAGAUCGCCGCCAUGGGUGUGCAUCUCCGGCGCCACGUGACGGGUUUAGGCGUGGCGCUUAACCUGACCACCCCCGGGACUGCGGCAAACGUCGGAGAGAACGAAGUGAACAACGAAAGCAACAACCCUUGGAUCAGGUUUGUGCCCUGCGGCCUGGCGGGGAAAGGUGUGACAUCCGUUUUCCUGGAGGCUCAGGAUCCAAACAACACCAUCAGCCUGGACUCCAACCCCGCUUCCGAAUUGGCACGACUACCAGAUCCCGGGAAGGGCUUUGCUCAGACCUGGGCUGGGCUAUUUGCAAGUCGCCUUGGGCUAGACUACAACCCGGAGGUAGUCAAUGACGGCAUCCCGUCCAACAUGAAGGGGCUCACAGCGGAGGCGAUAUCUAUAGAGGCGGAGAUGAAGGUGCCCCUUGAUGACGACGGUGCCUCUGGAGCCGCUGUCAAUCCUUGA